AUGGAACGUCACCAAGAGACAGGCAUUUCCAUACUGGUGAUUGGUGCAGGCAUCGCAGGUCUGAGUUUUGCCAUCGAGUCCUACCGGAAGGGCCACGCUGUCCGCAUUGUCGAGCGUCGUUCGUCCCAGGAGAGCGCAGGGGAGAUGAUCAUUAUCACAACUUCUGCCCUACACACGUCAAAGAAGUGGCCAGGAUUCAUGGAGCGCGCCAGAAAGAGAGCGAUUCCUCCAACGCUUAAAAUGAAGAAGUUCAACGGCGAUGUCCUACACAAAGUGCUUCAUGAAUAUGCUUCACUUCUCGGAAUUCCGAUCGAAUUUUCGACAAAUGCUGUGGAUUAUUUCGAAACUGAAGACUAUGGCGGAGUAGAACUAGCGGACCGCCGCAAGCUAACCGCAGAUAUCGUGGUGGCUGCGGAUGGAGUUGGCUCGAAAUCAUGGCACCUUGUGGGCGAGAAAACUGCCCCAAUAAGCUCGGGGUUUGUGUUGUACAGGGUCACCUUCCCUGCUGCACCUGCAUUUGAGAAUCCAAUCAUUAGAAAGGAGUUUGAGGGCGUUGGAGACCGUGGGAUCCUACAUGCUGGCCCGGGAGCACACAUGGUUACCUGCCUGUCGGGCGACAAGAUGUGUUGGAUGCUGACUUGCAAGGAUGAUGACGACAAAGGCGGAGAAAGCUGGUCUCAGUCGACUUCGAUCGACAAAGCCCUCCAAGCGACCCGUGGCUGGGAGCCAUUUAUCACCGAAGUCAUCAAAGCUACGCCCGGCCAUACUGUUCUCGACUGGAAAUUGAUGUGGCGUGACCCCCAGCCGCGGUGGGUAUCGCCGAUCGGUCGGGUGGUGCAAAUAGGAGACUCCGCACACCCAUUCCUUCCGAUCUCAGCUAGCGGUGGGACUAUGGCGAUGGAGGACGCAUUCUCUCUAGCUACUUGCUUACAGAUCGCGGGAAAGAAGGAUGCAUGUCUCGCAACCAAGGUGCACAACCAUAUGAGGUUUGAACGGGUUUCGUCGGCCCAGAAGACGGGUUUCAAGAACCGUGAGGUGUUUCACAACACAGACUGGGAUAUCGUCGCUAAGGACCCAGAGGCCAUGGGAAAGAUGGUUGGGGACUGGGUCAUAUACCACGACCCAGAGCAGUAUGCCUACGACUCGUACAAGAGCUGCGCAGACCAUAUAUUACUGAGUGUACCUUUCGAGCACAGGAAUACUGUACCGGGAUAUACAUACAAGCCCUGGACUGUCAAACAGCUUCUUGAGGACUCCAGCGCAGGCAAGCCUAUCGUUGAUGAAGGGGUAUGAAAUUAGAUGAAGAUGGGAAAAGUGUGGGCGUAGGCAAUGUAGACGGUCGCAGGUCAAGUACUGUUGUUGACGUGGAAAUUGUUAUCGUAGAUUCUGUGUGAUAAUCUGCACGUAAUUUUACCAAAGCCGGAAUUUCGUGUUCCAACCUUGUAAAGAACUAGAUGAU